AUGGCGGUGGAGGUCGAGGGCGUCGCCGCCACCGAUGGGUUGUUCGACAGUUUGUUUCCCGAGGAGGAGGAGGCCGUCAUGGAGCGGUGCCUCUCGGAGGGGUUGGAACCGGAGAUGGUGGCGCGUGAAUUGGCCACGGCGGCGUACUUGAAAUCUAAGCGCCGAAGUGCUAAGACCCUGUUUGCCGUGGCGUCGGCCGAGGCAGGAACCAGGCGCAGGUGGGUUGGCAUUGGCGGGAAAAGAGACGAUAUAACCGUGGUUGUUGCUUAUAUUAUUAGAGGAAUCUCGUGCCCCAGCUCGCCACGCACGUUGGCCACGUGGCGAGCUCUGGUUCGUCCGUGA